AUAGGAAGUGGGUGUGUCUCACUAUAUGUGAUUGACUUUUGCAAAAUAAAACCAUACUAUUUUGCGCAACAUUGAAAAAUAGAUACAAUAGUGCUGAAUUUAUAAAUGAUGAAUAUGAAAUAUAAAGUUUAAAGCAUUUAAAAUUCUUAAUUAAUUGAAAAUCUUAUUUUGAAGAUAGUUUUUAAUACACAAAAAAAAAUUACAGCCAUAAGCGACAAUCACAUUCUUCUUCCGUUGCCGUGCAAGCCGAGGACCACUAUUCAGAAGUACUGAUAGAAAUUAAAUACCAACUCUGUUUACAUUAUUGGCUGACACAGAAAUCGCCAAUAUUCCACGCAACUAUGAAUGUGAAGAAGAUGAUACCUUGUAUUGUUUCUUAAGCAGGGACAUAGUCUCUAAUAUUUUUAUUAAUUGGAAUGAUACGAUCUCGCUCUUUUCAAUUAAACAACGACGCUGGAAACGACGACCACAGUCGCGAAAUAAAAACUGAGGUAAGUCAAGUACAAGUCCAAGUAAUAAUGAUUAGUUGCAGGCUCAGAGCCGUUGUGUGACCUUUGGAACCUUCUGCCACUUUUUUAUACAUGCACACUCAUGUUAUUUCGUCAAUAACAAUGUUUAUGGGCGUGAUAAUGAUAAAUUUCAAGUGAAAAUGAAUGGUUUGAAAAGGCCUAAGUUUGCUUAAAAAAUAAAACAAAAAUAAAAAUUGAAACUUUACCAUUCCCUAGGAUUAUGCAAUAUUAUUCACCUUUGCCUUUGACAACAUUGAUGAGCAUGAUAAUGAUAAAUUAUAACAAAUAUCCCAAAUGAAGGAAUUGAAUAAACCAAGGGUUCCAAAUUUUAAUUUUGAAAAAAAAAUUAAAAACAAAAAUAAUGAUAUAAAUAUUACCAUUCUCUUAGUUUUUCUUCCACAAAACUGUUAACAUUUGUCCAGGCUUAAUUGAAAUGUAGUUUUAUGGAAAUAUAGGACAAGUAGGUCAUCAUGUAGCUGUGGGCAGCUUUCGCAGAGUAUUAGUCAUUUAACAUACAAUGACAGCAAGACAUCGAGCACUAAUAAAUAUAAGAUUGUCGGCCUAGAGAUAGACAGUCUGACUUCUGGUAGAUGACCGAAAACCUCAGUCACUUUCGGCAGAAUGGCCAAACGUCUGUCAAUUUCGUCCGAAACCCAAAUUAAACCGAAAGUUAACUUUUCUCUUUUAGCCGAAACCGAAAUUAAGCCAAAAGUUAACUUUUCAGUUUUGGCCGAAAGGGAUCAAAUUGCCAAUUUCGGCGCCGAAGCUGAAAUUCGGUCGGUCUCUAAUGUAUGGUAUUGUGAGGUAUGGCCCGUACUUAUGGUCACGUAAUAAGUGGUAUUGGUGGAGUUGUACUGGUACAGGGGCGUUUUUCUCUGAUGGUUCACUAGUCUAGCACUAGAAGCACAACGAAGAAAAUACAGAACACUAACGAAUGACCAAUCAACUCCUCAGCAACAGUUAUAGAUAAAAGAUGUAUUGAUGAAUAUAAUAUAACAAAAGUCAGUAAUGGUUCUUUCCUAACUCUAACACUUAAAUAAUGGUCUAUCCCUGUUCUAUUCUUGACUAGGUCUAGUACCACUACAUCUACCACUUCAUAAUGACCUUCCACUAAUCUCUAACUUUCCCUAUGUCACGAAGAGCUAUAUCUUAUAUAAAAUUUUUUACCUUCCUAGGUGGUCCAGGAGUGCUAGCUAUUAACCCAUCCCUAUCUCUCAUUUCCGGUCAAUUAGGAACUUCUGUAGUUAAUUCUAACAUUAUCAUGCAAAGUCUGGAAGGUCAGAGACAUAAUAUUUUGGAAAGAAACAACCCCCCCAAAUGUCAAAGAUGCGAGAAUCUAUGAACCGUACCCCAUCCGGCUAACAAUUCCCUCCCCAAAAUCACAGUAGUUUUCAUCCACCCUAUAAGUUAACUGGUUUUUAGUUUCAAAACAAAAAAACACAAGAGUUUCAGCAAGCUGAAGUUAAAGCUCUAAGGCCAAUUUGAUAGUACAUUUAGUUGAGUUAGGCCAAAAUAAUUCAAACAGACUACUCUUACAGAUUUAGAUUGAGUCAAACAAUAUCUACACCAUGAUUAAUUACAUCCACUUAGACAUUUCAAAUAUCCAACAAUAGAAUAUGCAAAAUGUUACAAAGGAACAUAUUUUAUUUAGACAGACUUGGUAUUACAUAAUUGGUAUCUAUUUUAUCCUGGCAUAAUAAAUCCUAAAACUCUGCAAGUUGGGCAUACUCUCCAACAACAACAACACACACACAUAUACAACCACCACUCCAACCCCAUCCCCCAAAUUAAAUAAAUGUAAAAAAAAAUUCACAUUAGUUUAGUUACCUCUAGUUCGUUCCCCUUUUACUUUAAGCUUUAUUAUUUAUAAACAGAAUGGUUUUUUUUUAUCACUACCGUCUCAGAGUUUAAUAACAUAAUUUAAUCUUGACAAUCUAGGCCUCCUGGUGAUAACUUGUGCCUGAUACUUUACAGAUUGUAUUGUAAAAUGUGUUCAUGGCAAUGAUACAUGAACUGUCAUAAAGGACUGUUAGAUUGCUAUUUUUAAAGCAUAAGACAUGCUCUUUAAGAAGCUAGGUAAAACCACCAAGUAUAAAGUGAAACUUUUAUUUCAUUAGGAUUAUCAGCUAGGUUGAUAAAGUAUACACUUUUAAGAAAAUGCGGUCCAAUCAAUCAUAGGGCAAGAUCUAUGAAUGCUCUUUGUGAUGUACAACUACCUUAUUUCUGUUGGGGGGGGGGGGGGGGUUUGUUUCAAGAGUAAAAAUGUAAUUUUAAAAAAAAAAAGGGAAAUGUGGGGGAAAAAAGGAGUAAAAUAAUUCAGCACAUUUAUUUCAUUAAAAAAAUAUCAGAAAAUAUCUUUGUUGUUAUUCCACAUAUAAUUUCAUAUAAGUUGGGGGAUUUGGAUAAUGUAAUGCUAGACUUAAAACCUGUGUCUGUAAUAAUGUUAGAACUUCAAUGCUUUUUUUGUAACCACCUUCUUCAGUCUAUUUAAUAACUGCUGUAACUUUCAGUCAUAGAUGGGAUAAAAUAUGACACAAAAUCUAUUAUCUGGACAUUUUUUCUGUUUUAAAUCCAGGUUUUGGUGAAUUUUUAUUGUGCGGAAACACAGACUUUAAAAGCCUGUGGUCUGUACAAUGACUAGUGUCUUAUAUGUCAGCGGAGUAAUGAGUUGAAUAUAAUUUUAGUGCAUCAGAUACAUAAGAAAUGAUGUCUCUCAAAUGCUUGAAUCAAUGCAAAACCUCAGCAACCAUUAAGUGACAUGAGGAUGUUUGCAAUAAGUGUUUUUUUUUUUAAUAUUUAGAACAUGAUGUGUUAAUUCAUUUUACUUGUCAAAAUUCUUGCUUUUUAUUUUACAUAUUAGAUCUUAGACCAACGGGCUAUCAAAUUUGUCCAUGGUGUAUGUUUAUUCUGGUUACAAUCUCUUAUAUAUAUUACGCUUCUGGUGUGACUCUGGACUGCUUCCAAAUCAGUGAAUUUGGCAUUGAGAGUAUAUUAUAAAUAAUUCUAAAUGUUUGAAAGAAAGAAUGGUUCAAUAAUGAGUUCAGUAGCGCGUAAAAUAUAAAUCCGGAUAACUACGCUUAAUGGUAUAUAUUUUUCUACAUAACGCAACUGCGUUUAGCACGUAAUAUUUUAUUUUCGGAAAAUGAAAUCGUCUCAAUUUAAGUAUGGUGUAAAAAAUAUUCUGUUUAAAAGUGGUUGGGACACCAGAAUAUUUAAUAUAGUUCAUGGGCGUUAAUGUAUUGUCAAGUAACUCUAGUAGAUGAGAAGUUCACACAUUGUUGUCGCCAAUGUUUGGUGGGCUAUAUCUAGUAAUAUUUUAUUUUGUUAGCUUCCUAGACUCAAAAUAUCAGUUGGUGCUGAUAUUCAUGUGUUAGCUAAAGACAGAGAGAUUCUCACUGACCCUGAAGAAACAAGACGACGUAGGGCUAUUCGACUUGUACGCAGCAAGGCGAACUCUUGGGGAUUUACAUUACAGGUAAUUAUUUUGUCUGUGAUGUUUCUAUUUACUUUGCUGUACCUAAGACUUAAGAGCAGACAAAUUACUUGAUUCAAGAAAUAGAAGAGAUUGAAAUCUGAGAGAUGCAGUUUUCAAAUAUGUUUCUGAAACAAGCUGUUCACAAGAGAUGUGUGAACUACAGAUUCUUUGGGGAAGAUGUAAAAAUCUAUAAAUGGUAUUCAUAAUGUAGAGCAAUGGUUCUCUAAGUGUGUGCACAGUUAUUUUGGAGAGGUAGGUAUAACUUAAAAAGAAAUUAAAGGGCACUGGAAGAGAAGAGUACUGGAGAUGUAUCUUUUGCACAUUUUGUCUUCUUGUUAUUACCCAUGAUCACAUCGUCCAACAAUGCUUUAACACACCAAAACAUUGAAUUUCUAAAACAAGUUUUUAAAAAAUCAGUUCUAAAAAUUCCAUUAAUAAGCCUGGGUUGCUGAUAAUUUCAUGGUACCGGUAUAAAAGUGAAGUUUAUACAAUACAUUUAUUACUUUAAAAAACUUUUACCUAGAAAUGAGCAAGGCAAGGCUUAAAAAUAAAGUAAAAAAACAUUGCACACUGUCCCCAUCAGGAAAGAAUAAGUUUUUUUGUUUUUGCAAAGGAAGAUUUGUAAUUAACAUCAAUCUUGGUAUAGUGUGCAGAACCUCCAGUCACUAAAAUUAUGGGUGUUGUUGCCAUGUUGAUGCCAUGAUCAUGAUAAACUAAUGUAUCCAGACCACAAAGAGCUUCACCAUUCAAUAUGUAUUUAACGUAAACAUUAUUUGCUCUUACUUUUUUUAGCAACUCGGAUCAGAAAUGUUCUUUUCAAAAUUGAUACAUUAUCUCCAUAUACUGAUUAUUUGUACUUUUUUUAUGGUGGCUGUCUUGCCUUUAUAAAGUUUUUUUUAUCCAAGACCUAUGGCAUCAGAAACAAACGUACCAAAGAGGUUGAGGUCAUGUCCUAUGUGGAUUAUGUGGAAAUCAAUGGACCUGCCUGGGUAGCAGGGAUGAGGCGAGGUAAAAAAUAGACAUACAUUUACCUCUACCCUCCAUAGUGUUGGCAGCAAAUUGGUAAUAAUAUUAUCUGGUAUAAAAGUUUUACAUAGAACUUACAAUGAGAAAGCUACGAUCAGGUAUUUCAAGGCAUUAGAGACCCCAAGAUAAUGUAAAUAAAAGCAGACAUGGCAAUACUAGGUGAUGCGAACUUGAUAAAGAAGUACAUAGAUGGGGAGAUGUGAAACAACCAAAAAUACUUCCUUAGGACAUAUGCUGAUGGAAUGUAUAUAUUUUGUUCUAUAAAUUACAUUUACAAAUAAAUUGCUUCCUAUUUGUGUCGUUACAGUAUGUAUGAAAAAAACACAUGCAGUACUUGACUUUUUCUAAGUCUUCUUUAUAAUUGUAACAGAUGUGUAACCGGUGUUGUUACUUAAUUACAGUCUGAUCCUAACUAUUAAUUAAAUGAAUGGCUAUGAAAGCACGAUGAGAAUGCAGAGCAUCUUUUCAUUUCAUCACUAUGCACUUUGAUCACAUUGAAGGGUCACAAUUCACAAUAUAAAUAUAUGUCCAAACUGGAACAAAAUAACUGUUAUGACAUCGUGUAACUUUAUUCUCUUAGUCAUAUGAACAGGUCAAAGAUAGUAGCUCCAAUUUGAUGGGAUAUAUCCUAAAUAAAUCCUCAAUACAUUGCAAGAGCACCUUUCCCAUUUAAAUAUAUCGCAAACUUCCUUCCUGUUUCUCUCUCUGCGCAUGACAUUAAAAUCAUCAUCUUAAUACAUCUAAAUAAUGGAACAAUAUAGAGCUGUUACAAUAAUGGUUUCAUUUAACUAUAACUGUAUCAAUAUUUAAUGAAGAAAAGUAAACGUGUAAGCAAAGAGCUGAACUUAAUUAUUGUUGAAAUAUAAGACAAUUCUAUUGAUGUUGGGACAGAUAAGCAUGCUCAGGUUUUAUAACCUAUGCAAAAGCUACAUGUUCACUUUCAUUAUCUUCCUUCUUGAAUCAUAUCUAAAAUUGUAAGGAAAGGGAGGAGUAUAUUCAAAAUAAUUAUAUGUCAGUAAUUUAAAAUAGCCAUCUCAUUCUCACCCAUUAAAAGAGUACAAUCACAAAUCUGAUGCUGGUAGCAAUAAUUCACUUUGUAAGUGCAGUUAUUAAUAGCACAACAAAUAUUUCCUCUAAAUUCCUGACAUGAAAAAUGUAUGUCCAUUCUUUAAAUUUGCUCCAAGACCUUAAAGGCUUUUUACUCUACACAGGUGACAUUAUCCUUUCUGUGAAUGGAGAAAGUGUUGAAGCUGCCACUCAUAAUGAAUUGGUAAAUAAAAUCAAAAGAAGUGGCCAUGAAUUGAGGUAUGAAUUACUUAAAUAUUAUACAAUUCUUUAAAAGGGAAUACAUUUUACACAUUUUUAUGUACCUUAAUUGCAGGUUAUGUAAAACUUAUUUUAGAAUAGAAGCAAUUGCUGUUCAGGCUAUAAGUUUUAGUUUUUUGUUUUUUUUUAACUGACUUCAAUGUUAUAAAACAAUCUGGGAAGCAUUACAAGUAAAAAGAAGUUGUCUGACCAAAUAAAAUGGUUAGAUUAUAUUUGCGCAACGUUACAAUUGAAAAACGUUUCUGGACAUGAGGGUGAAAGAUAAUACCGCACUCUAAAUUACUAUACAAAAUCAAUGUAAUUUUUAAAAAAAAAUUAUUAUUUUGAACCUUAAAUUUUAAGACAUUAAUAUAUACAUUGAAAUGAUUGUUCGUCAGAAAGCUAAGUAGAUUGGUCAGUGUAUUAUAAAUGGAGCAUUAGAAUAAAAGUUUGAGUGGCUUUGCUGCCAUCUAAUGUAACUUAUGUUUUCAGACUGGUGGUGUUGUUUGAAGACUGUUGCACCAAAGUGGAACUGCAUGAGCGUUACCUCAAACUUAAGGUUAGGGCACUUUUCUAAACUCUGUUGCUAUCAAAUCUGAAAGUUAUUGAAAACAAUUUAUUGUAUGAUAUGUAAUCUUUUUAAUGUAUAAACAAAUUGUACUUUCCAGAAAGUCACCUAAGAUCCUGUUUGGGGAAAAAAAAUCACAAAAAUUUUGUGAAUUUGCGAAAUUUUGCUGAAGUAACCCUGAAAAUUUGAUUUGUAGAGCGUUGCAAACAUUCGAAAAGUGAUUCGGAUCAACAGUCAUUAUCAGGGGUGGGAAGAGGGAUGGUGGUGGUGGAUUAAAAAGCAAGGUGCGCUUUAGGCUCCCGUGCUAAAGUACGGGAGAGGGGGGGGGGGGGGGGGGGGGGGGCUUCCAUGGGUCAUUUCUGUUAUUGUAUAGUUUUUAAGAACUUAACAAAUGCAUUAAAUGUCUUUAUUCAUUUGGCCUGACCCACCCAAUUUUUUGCACCCUAAAUAAUUUAAACAUCUUUCUGAACAGAAAUUGCUAUCUGGAAAGUUGAGAGAAUUACGUCACCUGGAAGAAGAGGAAAGGAAACUGAAUCAUGGCAGUCCACUCUCAAGACUGGACUCAUUUAGGCAAUCUACGAGCAGCUCUUUAUGUAGUGACUGGGACUCAUACAGCCUCAUUACCUCUGAUGGGCUAGAUCAAAUUGUAGCCAACAAGUUUGUCUCUAGGGCAAAGUACAGUGAUUUGAGUGAGUUGUCCAGCAAUGGUUCUAUCCCAAGUCAGUCCAUCUGUGAUGUUUCUAUUGAUAGCUCUGUUACAGAUCCAUCCAUAAAUUAUGCUACUACCAAAAUAGCAGAGAGUGAUGCUUUAAAUAAACCAUUUCUGGAAACUGAGCAGCUGACCAGCAGAGGUGUGUAUUCUAGAGGAGAGUGUGCUACUGAGGAAAUAGAUAGAGUAAAUAUUCAAGGAAAAGAACUUGAGAAUGCUUCUAAAGAUUCCAUUCCCUGCCAAGAUAAUGUAUCAGAGGCUUUGAAUACUGAGCUUGGAAUUGUAGCCGAUACCUCCCAAUGUCCUAACUGCUGUUUAUCGAGUUGCUGUUGCUUUAUUCAUCUGUCUCCUGAGCCAAUUUUAGAUGACCAGUCAUUAUCUGAGACGAGGAAAAAAAGUGGUCUGUAUCAACCUGACACUGCAAUACUUGAUUUUGAUAUCUCAAAGGAUAAAAUAGCAGUCAAAGCAGAUCUUAAUGAUAGUGCUGUUGUAUAUGGUUGUGUUGAAAGUGCUGUAUCAGGUGGUGUGGAAAGUGGGGAUGUGUCCAGCUGUGUAAAUUCUCUUUUAAAUGUUGACCUGUGUCCACCAAAGAAGAAGCACAUCACUGGACUAGACGCAAAUAACAUUGAAAGUGCUACAGUGACUGUGAUAGUUAAUUCUGCCGGCCAGAGGAAGGAUAUGAAUUGGACCACUAAUCAGACCCAAGCGGUAUUGGAAUCAAAAGGUGAUGUCCACACAGUACCACUGAAGUCAGAACAAGAACCCAUCGAUAGUAUCACAGUAGAAGAUAGAAGUACUGACGACUCUCCUGUUCCCCCUAGUUUUGACAUUAGACGUGACAAGCGACAAACCCGAAUGUCUCCGCUCUACGGUAAUACAACACCAACCCUUAAUACCAUCAAUGAAAUGCCUUCAGGUACAGUGACCAAGAGUUCAACAUCAACCUGUGACAAAACCUCAUCCAUUCCGCCAGAAAAUCUGGUAGAUGGCAUUUUGGUUAAUGAUACCACCCUUUCCACUCGGCUUUAACUGCACCGUCAUGAUUAGUAGCUUUUCCGAAAUAACCAAAACACUUUAAUUAUUACCUGUACAGAAUUAUUUCGAACUAAUUAUUUCAUGAAUGAGUUUCGUGUAAUUUGCCGUAACCUUAUUGUAAAAAUAUGUUUGUGCUCAUACUAAAGAUGCAUCUUUAGUUAUUACGAAACGCAGAAUAUUUAUUUUCUUUGCAAUAUCAAUGUUUGUUAACAGAUUUAAUUUAUUGUUUCACAAAUUCCAUGCUUGCGUGUCGUCAGUCAGGAACUUAUUUGACAGCACCAUAUUUUUGUCCCGAUUUGGUUGAAAGAUGUCAAUAUAAUUAAUGUUAUCAGUCAUCUCAUUUUAAAAAAAUGAUAUUUCUUGAAGCAUCAGUGAUAUGAUCUUCACGUAGUUUGAUUUCUAUGGGAUCCUGAACAUACUCAGGGGCUAUAGAAAAUCACACCAUUUUUGUCAAAUCUGCUGUUAAUUAAUUGAUACUUCUCCUGCUUCCCCAUGCAAACUGAAGGCUGCCCUCCCAUGCAAUCGGUGAAAGAAAUUCCUGUUAUUGAAGAAAUAGAAUAUGUGCAAUAUAAUAUUACCUGGUAGUCCAUUAAUUAAUAAAUCUUUACACAAAUUUUUUUUUUUUUCUUGCUUUACUAUUUUUUAAGGGAACAAAAUAAUUCAAAAGCAUGUUUAAGUUCUUGUGAUCAAGAUUAUUUUAUUGAUAUUCUUUUAUAUCAUGAACAUGUGAAAUCAACAACUAUUCUCAAAACAUAUUUAAUAAUUCUACAUACAAGGAAGAGGUUUUGGUGUUACCAUUGUUGCUUUCUUUACCUCAAAACAUUAAAAGAGGUGAUUAUUUAAAUGAAGAAAAAAAUUACUUUAAACAUUAUGAAGUGGGGGGGGGAGAAUGGGGGUUUGUUCAUGAUUGUGAGUGUUUUACCCUCAUCUCUGAAUGUGUCUUAGCAAUAUGAAAUGCUGGGGAAUUACCCAUUUAUUUAUUUUUUUAAAUGUCAAUUUUCAAACUCUUGCCCUUGGCUUCACCUUCCACUUGGACACAUUGGAAAAGCUUCACCUUCUACUUGGACACAUUGGAUAGGCUUCACCUUCCACUGGGACACACUGGAUAGGCUUCACUUUCCACUUGGACACAUUGGAUAGGCUUCACCCUCCACUGGGAAACAUGGAUAGUCUUUAUUUAUUAUCACUGAACAAAUAAUGGUUUUGUACUUGAAGUAUCUAUCUUUUAUUACUCCUGAAAUCUUAUAUUUAAUAAUUUCCUUAUAAUUUUAUUAGAGCAAGUUGAAUAAGCUGAUGGUUCAUUUUUAUUAAUUUUUUCUUAUAUUUCUUAUUUAUUCAAUAAUUAAUUUAUUACAUGGUCCUCAGUAUUUGAUGGAAUGCCGGUUCACAUUAUUACAGGUAUCU